AUGGAGUUCUAUGAAAUCACAAAAAUUGUGCAGACUUUAAUUGAUUCCAAUCGUUUUGGGCUUAUUAAUAACAACCUCAAGUUCAUCUGCCCAUUGCAGAUGAAAAAGCUACUCAGUUUAGCUUUGGAAAAACACAACACAACCUCAACAGCCAACACCAUGUGUGGAAGCUACUACGGAAACUCUUACAGAGGCUGCGGCUAUGGAGGCUGUGGCUAUGGAGGCUGCGGCUAUGGAGGCUGCGGCUAUGGAGGCUGCGGCUAUGGAGGCUGUGGCUAUGGAGGCAGUGGCUAUGGAGGCUGCGGCUAUGGAGGCUGCGGCUAUGGAGGCUGUGGCUACGGAGGCUGUGGCUACGGAGGCCUGGGCUGUGGCUAUGGCUCCUGCUAUGGCUGUGGCUAUGGAUAUCGCUCCCACUCUCUCCAUGGCUGUGGCUCUGGCUGUGGCUACUAG